AUGUUCAUCAAAGAUUUGUUUGUGAUAUCAAUUCUUUUACUCAUCGUUAUCGUUCGACAUCAAAUUCAUUCAUUGAUUUUACAGCCACUCUAUUGGAAUCAAACAACGUUCAGGCCAUAUCAAGAUGAUUCGUUGAUUUUUGAAGUACGUUUGGGUGAUGUUAUGGAUUUAAUAUGUCCAUUCUAUGAUGAACAACAAUCAUAUCUGACAAAUGAACUCGAACAAUAUGAUAUCUAUCGUGUAACUAAACGUGAAUAUGAUACGUGUAGUAUAGAUCAUUUAAAUAUUGAAUCAACAACACGUCUUAUAAUAACAUGUAACCAUCCUUAUGAUGUGAUGAAAUAUACAUUGAAUUUUCGUUCUUAUUUACCUAUACCAAAUGGAUUAGAAUUUCACCCGAAUCGAACUUAUUAUUUUGUUUCAACAUCAUUAACACAUCGCCAAUGUAAUAAAUUAAAAAUAAUUGUGCAUGAUUAUAAUCGAGCUUCAUCGUCACUAAGUACAGUAUCCUAUCUUAAUGAUCAAGAUCGAAAAACUCGUUUAUUUUCACAUUAUUCUCACUAUCAACACGGUUUAUCGUCUGUAGGCAAAAAUGUUGACUCAAAUGAUAACAAUCAUCAUCGUUUACUUCCACAUAUAAUUAAAGCACAACGUCACAGUGAUCCAUAUUCAAUAAACUGGAUUACACAAGGACCACAUAUAGUUAGAGAUUUUGAUAAAUCUUAUCUAACAACAAAUGUGAUCGACACAAGCGUUAAAUCAUCCAAUAUGUUCAAUCUUGUAUUGAACUCGUCCUCAUCGAAAUUAUCUAUAUCGUGUACUAUUCUACUCCUUCUACUUUCAUUAAAAUAA